CGCGCGGGCUCCACUGCCCAGUCCGUCCCCGGCCGUGCUCCGCGCGCUCACCAUGGCGGGCCCCGCGCCGGGGCGGCGGCUGCGGCCGCUGGCAGCGCUCACCCUGGUCCUGGCGCUGGCCCCGGGCCUGCCCGCGGUCCGGGCCGGGCAGGCGCCGCGCCCCGCCGAGCGGGGGCCCCCGGUGCGGCUCUUCACAGAGGAGGAGCUGGCGCGCUACAGCGGGGAGGAGGAAGAUCAGCCCAUCUACAUGGCAGUGAAGGGAGUGGUGUUUGAUGUCACUUCUGGAAAGGAGUUUUAUGGACGAGGAGCCCCCUACAAUGCCUUGACAGGGAAGGACUCCACCAGAGGGGUGGCCAAGAUGUCCCUGGAUCCUGCAGACCUCACCCAUGACACUACGGGCCUCACAGCCAAGGAGCUGGAAUCCCUGGAUGAUGUCUUCACUAGAGUGUACAAAGCCAAGUAUCCCAUCGUUGGCUACACGGCCCGAAGAAUCCUCAACGAGGACGGCAGCCCCAACCUGGACUUCAAGCCUGAAGACCAACCCCAUUUUGACCUAAAGGAUGAGUUCUGAUGUUCGCUGUGCAGGAGCACAUUCUUAAAGGGGGAGGCGGGGGUACACCCAGGGGUGACAUCUCCUGCAAGAUCGGCUGCCUGGGCCUCUGGUCACCCGAUCUGAAUAAAGCAGACGUUUAACCUGGAACACUGGAUGCCCUUUAUUGUCCCUGGACAAGUGUCCUGUCCACCUGGUGUCCUGCCCGCACACCAGCCAGGGUAGUUCAGAAUAGCCGAACAGGGAAGCUCCCCGAGUGUCAACAUUGGCUGUCCCGGUGGUGGAAUUAGGAGUGACCUUUAUUUCUUCUUUAUAUUUUUCUGUACUUGCCAACUUUUCUACUGUGACCGUGUUUACUUUAGAAUAAGCACAAAAAUAAACUUCCUGUUUUCACAAAA